ACUUAAAGUCCCACCCAAGUCACAGCAAACUUCGAGGAAAAAGUAUGGUUGAUUAUGAGUAUUUGAAGAUCGUUGUUGGGGGUGGAGUUUCUAGCGGGAAUAAUUCUAUAUCAGUCGAUCCAGAUGAUUCAGAUGCAACAACUUUUGAGCCAGAAAAUAGAACUGUUGGGAUAGAAGAAUUUUCAUAUGAUCCUAAUAGUGAUACAUUCAUAACACCAAAUAACUAUGAACCAGCAUAUCAGCCUCCAUCACCAAACCAACCAAGUCCACCAUCCCACCCCCCUUUAGAUUCAGAGGUUCCCAUAGAAAAACAAAACUGUCACAAGCGAAGGAGAUCCGAGUAUGGAGGGAGUUCAAGCGCUGUUGGGAUCAACAAUCAAGGCAACGUUCUGGAAAAUCUUUCUGUUGGCAUUGGGACUAUUGCUGUGAAUUUUGAAAAAAUAUCCAACAUGAUGGAGAAAAGAGAAAAAGAUAGAGAUAGGGAUAGAGAGCUUGAGGGUAUUAUUUGGGAUGUUAUAAAAGAAAUUCCAAAUUUGGAUGACAUAACGCGUUUCAAGACAGCUAAAUUGUUAAAUACUAAAGCAAAAAAGGAUUUUUUCUUGAAGAUGUCACCGGAAGAACGCUCAUCUUGGAUAAACUUUAAGUUAGGGAAUAAUUAA